UUCGGUCUUGGCGUUUCGAUUUUGACAGGGCUGCAUACAUUUUCGGCCAGAAACGGUGGCGCGACCAAAGCGAUCACUGAACCACAGCGGGAAACAUUUCCCUAUUGCAGCUUUCGUAGAUUCGCCGUAAUCGACUCCACAACCACCGACCACCCGGUACACCAACUUUGAGAGGUCGUGAUCUGUAAUCCGUAUUCGCGUAGCAAAACCCGAGAACAAUGGACCCGCACCCCAUUUUUGCGGCUGUCUCAGAUUUAGUGAUAACCUACAUGGCUACUAGAGAGAAGGAUUAGGGGUUCUGAAUAUAUAUGUUUGAUUUGGCACGACGGACUGGCCGGAGGCAAUGCAAGUUGUGCUGCCGUGUCCGUUCUUUUACACGAAAAUAGUCACUCAUUCAUCAUGAUUUCGUUCAGAGUUAUUGCGGCGCUUGCUGGUCUCGCCCGCUUUGUCAACGCCCAGAGCGUUUCUGGAGCGGCUGAAGGCUUUGCGCAAGGCGUCACUGGCGGAGGUGACGCGACACCUGUCUACCCUGCGGAUAUUGAUGAACUGAUUGAGCUUCUCGGGUCCGACGAGCCUCAAGUCAUCAUCUUGUCGAAGACGUACGACUUUUUAGAAUCGGAGGGAACCAAGACUGAGACCGGAUGUGCACCAUAUGGUACCGCCGCUGGAUGCCAGCUAGCCAUUGACGGAACUGGUACUUGGUGCGGUUCCAAUACUGCGGCUACCGUGUCCUACGAUGUGGCAGCCACGGAAGGAAUCGAGGUCAAAUCUAACAAGACCCUCAUUGGAGAAGGCAGCGCUGGUAUUCUCAAGGGGAAAGGCCUUCGAAUGACCAAUGGUGUUUCGAACAUCAUUGUCCAAAACAUUCACAUCACCGACCUGAACCCACAGUACGUCUGGGGUGGAGAUGCCUUCACGUUUGCUGAGACCGACUUGAUCUGGAUUGAUCACUGCACUACUUCUUUGCUCGGCCGUCAGCACUACGUCUUCGGACAGAAGCCCAGUAGCCGUAUCACUCUUUCAAACAACUUCAUCAACGGCUCGACUAGCUGGUCCGCGGGGUGCGACGGAUACCACUACUGGACUAUUGAGCUUGUGGGUACUGAGGAUCAAAUUACCUUCCAGAACAACUACGUCUACCACACCUCCGGACGAAGCCCGGCUCUGAGCGGCAGCACACUGUUCCACGCAGUCAAUAGUGUAUGGUCCGACAACAAUGGUCACGCCAUUGAAGGGGACACCAACGGACAGGGCCUCUUUGAGGGCUGCGUCUUCGAGAACGUCACCACGGUCGUUGUCGAUGACUUCAAGGGUUCGCUCUUCAGCUCUUCCGACUCUACAACUAACGCGAAGUGCGAGUCCGCCCUCGGCAGAGCUUGCGUUGAGAACGUCUUCAGCAACUCCGGCGCCUUUGACAAGUCAGACACCGGCUUCUUCUCGAACUUCACUGGCUUAUCUAUUGCGUCUGCCACGGCAGCGAGUUCUGCGGAAAAGAGUGUUCCGUCCGCUGCGGGCUUCGGCAAGCUCACAACCAGUAGUACCGAGUCUACUACUGAUGAAUCGAGCUCCUCGGCUGUCUCUAAGGUCUCAUCCGCUGUUUCCAAGAGCACUGCUGUCCCUUCCAAGAGCACCAUUAUCGCUUCCAAGAGCACUUCAACUCUUUCUCAGAGCACUGGUGUUUCCAAGAGCACUGCUGGCUCUUCCAAGAGUACCGUCAUCGCAUCCAAGAGCACUUCAACUGUUUCUAAGAGCACUGGUGUUUCCAAGUGCAAGAAGAGAAGGGCAGUCCAAGCAUAGACCUAAAA